AAGACAGACAGAAGAAAAGCCUGCAGAAGAAACAGAUAAACGUUCAAAACGAAACGUUAAGAAAGAUUUGAAGAGGGAAAUCAGCUAGAUAAGAACUUGCCAAACGACCAACCAUGUCAGACGACCAAGGAAUGCGAUCAACACGCAGAAACAAGAGAAAAGGACAAUUCUCCCUACCUAAAGACGAAGAACACCUCGAGGAAAGAUACAUCGAUGAUGAUAUCGGUCGAGGAGUUUUUACCACAAAAACAUUCUCCAAAGGGGAUUUCCUUCUAGAAUACAAAGGGGAAUUAAUUUCUCAAGAGGAAGGUUACAUUAGAGAGAAGAAUUACCCUGACGACCUUGGAAGCUUUCUUUUCUUUUUCCAACAAGGAAAUGCCUCAUUGUGUGUCGAUGCAACUCAUUCAGACGGACUUGGAAGACUGGUUAAUGAUGCCGAGGCAAGAGUGGCGAAUUGUCUGAUGAAAAGACUCAUCAUUAAUAGUCAACCUCACUUGGCAAUUUAUGCUAAGAGGGAUCUAUGUAAAAACGAAGAGUUACGCUACGAUUACGGUGUGAAGGACCUUCCAUGGCGAAUUCAAAAGGACCGAUUAAAACACAAACGAGAAAAAUUCACAGGGCUAACGAUCGCAGAGAAGGCAAAUGAAAGUGCCAAAGACCAACAAAAUGAGGACACUCCCCUCGGAUCCAUGGUUAUUGAUGAUCAUGCUCAAGUUACUAGCCAAGCGAACAACCAGAGUAAUAUUUCGUGUGUCACGCCUGUGUUUCCACAAAGGCAUUUGGAGGAUUAUGUCAUUACACCCUACACCCAUGACGAGUCUGUCGCCUUGGAAACAGACAAUCAUGUCCUGGUUGCCAAACAAGAAAAUGACGAUGCGACAGUUUCCAACGAAAUAGAUGACUACGCUCAGAUUACAUCACUGUCAGUGAUUGAUAAACAAGAGAAAUUAAAGGAAAGUGUCAUUGAACAAGAAAAAGACAACUCUGCUACCGGUGCAGAAUUUUCCAUGGAAAUUGAUGGGCAAAUCCAGCAGAGUAAGUUAUAUACAAGAAUAUAA